CCCCCUUCUCAUGCUCACGUGAAAAUCCCUACAUCACGUUUGAAACUAGUCCCUCGCAUAUAAACAGCUCGCCCGUCAAUCUCGAAGCUGCUGCCAACAACCCUCUUCAACAUCAACUCCCACCACCCCACAAUACAACACAACACAACACAACACCGCAACAAGUUCCUCUGCUAUCAUUUCAGCACUUCCCGUUGUCAUAGUGCACCACUCUCCUCAUUUCGCAAUGGCUAACAUGCCUUGCGGGUUUCCCUUUUCUCGGCGCAAGCCACCAGCUUCUCCGAUCCCCCCUCCGCGAGCUAAGCAAGCGCGCACCCUCGGCCGUAAUAUACACACGCCUACUUGGCCGAGGCCGAUGGCUAUCUUUAGUAGACUUCAUAAAUUGGAGCGGGAUACUUCUCCAGAGGCAAAGAUGUCCUCGUCUUCCUGCACUGUUGAUGGCUCCACGUCAACGAUGAGCAAGUCAGAGAUGCUUGCUAUGCUCUCUGCGUUGAAGGGUCGUGAAGAUACUACGGUGAAUGCCGCCGACUUUGUUCCACUCUUCCGCCAACGUUUCGAGGCUAUUAAGCCUAAGAAAGUGAACGUCUCCACAGACCUUGUUCUGGCCAAUCCUUCCAACUACCGUCCGGCAUCCCCUAGCCCUGCGCCACGUCCUCGUCGUAUCCGCUCCCGACCCUUAGCCAUAGAAUGGUACUCAACACCACCAACUUCUCCGGAGCUUAGCAGCGCCAGCAAUGAGGGCUCAUCGUCUAGCAGUCUUUGUCUGGAGAAUUACAUCGACAACUGGAAGUUUGCUAUCCCUGGUGGUGGCUUUACUUCGGAAGACUUGACGGACGCUGCAGCGGUUCAAUGUGGCGAGAAGAAAGAUGAACAUGGAGACAAGAAGGAAGAUGAGACGGAGGGCGAUGAAUCCGAGGAAAAUGACAAGAUGAUCGCCCUCGAAGCAAGUCACGCUGACCUCAAGGAGCGGCUCCAAGCUCUCGAGUCCGAGCUGGAAGAGGCCAACGACGAACUCAAGACUCAGGCCGAGGACUUGAAGGAAGAGUCCAAAAAGGCACAACUCGGCCUCCAGCUCAUUGGCAAACAGUCUCAGGAGAUCAAUAGCCUGAAGCAGAAGCUCCUUGAUUCCGAGAAGGAGACCGAGGAAGCCCGCGACUUGUUCUACCAGAAGGAUGCUCAGCUUUCCCAGAAGACCAAGGUAGAAAAGAUGCUUCGGAACCAUCUGGCUCUGAACAAACGUGAAGUGGCCUGCUUCAACACCCAGCAAGCCGAGGCUUACAGGAAUACUCUCGAGCGGAACGCGAACUUGGAGCAAGCGUAUGAGAUCUUGCUCCGGCAAGUGACCGCCGGCCUGAACAACGAGGAGUUGAUGCACCAUUUCAUGAUUAUGGAGGCAAACCACAACUCUUCUCGGGAAUCUCACGAGGUGCUGCGAAACGACCGCGACGCUCUCGCCAAAGAACUUCGUGAAAUCAAUUACAUCAAUAGUCCUUACGAGGAUAACUUGAACUCCACGAAGGGUCUUCUCGCACAGGUCAAGAAGGAACUCAAAGAGUGCCGCACGGAGAAUGCUAAGUUGCACCGCAGGGUGGAGACCCUAGAAGAGGAAAAGGCCCACGGACGCAAUCAGCUUGAGCGCGAACGUGAACGCGCCACGGCACUGGAGAAACUUCUCGACAAGGAGGAGUGCUCUCUUACUGAGAUGCUGUAUGGAGACGUUUGCUUCAUGGUAGACCACUACAUUGGCCUCCCCGAGAAGGUCCAAAAGCAAGUGCUGGACUUGUACGAUGUGAUUGUCAAGAGUAAAGAAACCAUCCAGAUGCUCCGCCAGAGGGAAGAGAAGGCCUUGUCUCAUGCUCGUAGCGUCACAUACGACAUGGACGAAAAGAAUCAGAAGAUCGAGAACUUAGGCAAGGAAUUGGCCAACACCAAGGCCAGCCUCGCCGAUGCUGAGUCCCGUGAAGGCGACGCCAAAGACGAAGUCAUGGCCUUUGAGAUGAAGGAGCUGGAAGGAAUCCGAGGUCAUCACAACUCCCUCUUGGAAAUUGUCGAUAAGGCCAUUCACUAUGACGACGAGUUCGGCUGCCCCAUGGUACGCGAAGGUCAUCACAACCAGCUUAUUGCCAAUCUCACCAGCGAGCUCCUUGAUCUGCGUCCUCGUGUUGAGGACUACGAAGAGGCCGAUAUGACAGCCUCAGAGCGUAUCGAUUGUGCGGAACACCAGCGCGACGAGGCCAAAAAGGGGCAGGAAAAGGCCUGGAUGCAAGUCAUGACGCUGAACGAGAUAGCAACAUCGGCUCGCAAGCACCUCGAGGAUGAACGGGAGAGCUUCAACAAUCAGCUCGACGUAUUCCAGGCGCAGCUCGAUAAGAAGAAGGCCAAGGAGCAACGGGACCGCCGGAGGGAUAUUGAGGAACACCUUGAAGACAACAAGGAUUUCCUCGAUGUUCUAGAAGAACAAGCCCGGCGCGAAGAUGAGAGAGUUUUCGACCAACACAACAAUCAGGCCGGUCGGUGGAACAGCUUCAACAAGUUUUCUGACUUCACCGCCACCGCCUUCCUGGCGCCUCACGCUCAGGAGGCGAGAGUCGACAUGAUGAAGGAGCUGGUCGACGAGACGAGGGACCCACAGGUCAACCCGACAUUCGACACAAGCGAAGAUGAGAUCCUCGAGGAAGCUAGGACAAAGACCAAAGAGGAAUUUGCCACUAUCAUCCGGAGAAAGAAGCAGGAGGCUCGCUGGGCCUUGGAUGAGGCGUCCAGGAACCGCGUAGAAGCAGCGGAGAAGGCUGGGACGUGGCCUGAUUACCUCGUGGACCCCCUACCUCAAUCUUCCAACCUCGUCGACACACCCAUGCUCGACGUCCUCACCCCCUCUAGUAAUGAAUUUCGAAAAGGAAUGUCGGACGAGAUCGAGGACAGAGGCCAGGGUGAAGGUGAGGACAUGGAGGUGGAUCCAGCGGACGAGCAAGCAGCGAUAGACAGGCUGUGGGCACGGAGAUGA